AUGAAUCAAUCAUUAAGGUCUAUGAAGAACGCUUUGAGGAAGGAAAUGCGCAUGUUAUUAAAUCAAAUUCCACUAGAAGUAAUAGAACAUGAAAGUAGUAUUGUAACAGAAAAACUCAUUAAUUCAGAAGAAUAUUUAACAAGUAAUCAUAUUAGCAUAUAUAUUAGCAUGCCAAAAGGUGAAAGUUCUACAAAACAAAUAAUUAAAGAUAUAUUUGAACGAGAAAAGACAUGUUAUGUACCGAGAUGGAAUAAUGAUGAAAUGGAAAUGGUAAAACUUUUUUCUUAUAAAGAUUACUUAUCAUUACCUGUAAAUCGGUGGAAUAUACCUGAACCAGAUCAUAAUGAAAUAAGGAAAAUAGCCGAUGAAUUAGAUCUGAUAAUAAUGCCAGGUUUAGCAUUCGAUUAUCAAGGAAAUAGAUUAGGUCAUGGAAAAGGUUAUUAUGAUAAAUAUUUAACCAAAUGUCAACAAAUUUACCAAAAUAAACCAACACCAAAAACGAUCGCGCUAGCGUUAGAUUCUCAAAUAUUGAAGGAUAAAUUGGUACCCAUUUCACAAUAUGAUCAAAAACCUGAUCUAAUUAUAAGUUACAAUAAUAUCAUUCAAAAUAAAAAAACAUAA